UGUUAUUUAACUCGCUGUCCCUCUUCAUAGGUUCAUUUCCUAACAGCCAAACCAAUCCACUAAGUUCAGAUGCAGAGCAAACUGCAGAGCAAACAGUUCCUGCUUCCUCCAGCUGACGGUCCUGGCUUCAGAAGCCAAACCGAAUGAUUGUGCUCCAGCUCACCUGCAGAGGUUUAUUAAACCCUCCCCUGCAUGGACACCUGAAAAUACAGAGGGGCUGGCAAAUCAUGGCGAGACCUAGUUCAGACCUGGCAGCUUUCAGGAAGACUUUCUCCACGGCAAAAAAUAUAGCUAUCAUCACCGGAGCAGGGGUGAGUGCAGAGAGUGGAGUCCCCACCUUCAGAGGAGCAGGAGGCUACUGGAGAAAAUGGGAAGCACAGCAACUUGCCACUCCAGAGGCCUUCUCUAGGAACCCCUCCCGUGUUUGGGAGUUUUACCAUUACCGCCGUGAGGUCAUGCUAACAAAAGAUCCCAAUCCCGCCCACCUGGCCAUUGCAGAGUGUGAAGAGCGACUUAGCAAACAGGGGCGCAACGUGACAGUAAUUACUCAAAAUAUUGACGAGCUCCACCGCCAUGCCGGAUCCAAAAACAUCCUGGAACUUCACGGCAACCUGUUUAAAACACGCUGUAUGAGCUGCAGUCAUGAAGCCACCAAUUACCAUAGCCCCAUCUGUGCCGCUCUGAAGGGCAAAGGAGCUCCAGACCCCGACACAGAGGACGCCCAGAUCCCUGUUCAACAGCUGCCCAGGUGUGAGCAGAAAGGCUGUCACGGUCUCCUGAGACCAGCUGUGGUUUGGUUUGGAGAGACUCUGGACUCAGACAUCCUCUCCCGUGCAGAGGAAGUGUUGGACAGCUGUGACCUCUGCCUCGUGGUUGGCACAUCAUCCGUUGUGUAUCCAGCAGCCAUGUUUGCUCCUCAGGUGGCAGCCAGAGGAGUCCAUGUGGCCGAAUUCAACAUGGAGAACACGCCGGCCACAAUGCGCUUCAAGUUCCAUUUCCACGGCCCCUGUGGGACAACCUUACCCCCUGCUCUGGAACGCCACGAGACUGAACAAAAAUGAGUCCUGGACAUCAGCUGCACAAAGACUACACUGUGUAACACUGGAGGACUUUAUUGGUACCAAAAAUAAUAAUAUAAUGUGAGGAGACAGGGUUCAGGAAAAAUAACAGCAAUACAGCAGUACAUUUACCCAAGUACUGUACUUUAGUAAAGUUUUAAAGUCACAUUAAGCUACUUCGUGCUUUUACUUCACUACUUUUUGUGGGAAAUGCUUUUAAUCCACUACAUGCAUUUUAUUGAUUUAAAUACUAAUUACUUUGCAGAUUCUGUUUUUUUUCAAAUAACAUAUAAAUCAACUUAUACAUUAUGAUGAAUUAUUAUAAGGUAAGCUACCCAGCAGUAUAUUCACAUAAACCCCACCUUAAUCAAGUUCAACAUUAAAGUGAUAAACACAUUAAAUCGUUAAUGUUUAUAAUACAAUUAUUUAAGAUCUAUGUUCCAAAAUGGGCCAUAUUGCAUAAUGACUACUUUUGGUAUUUUAAGUAGAAUUUAUCAUUUUUGGUAUAAUUGAAGGCAGGACUUUUACUUUUUUUUAAAGAUUUCAUUGGUACUUUCAAACUGAUGGAGGACAUUUUUUCCAACAUUGAAUUUCAACAAUGUAGCAAUUAAUGCUAACACGCUAAAUCACACCAGUGCUUUGUGCUGACUUUGGAUUUGCAGAAUUUUGGAUGAAGAGUUACAAUUGUGAAACCUGACUCGUAGCAAAAUGAUGAACUGUGCUGUUUAUAAAAGGAAAUGUUAAAAAGACAGUCACAUUGAUAAAUAGCUAAAUAUAUGGAUUAAAUAUGAACACGCCAACUUUAUCAAUCCUUUUACAUGGAAUGACUACUGCACAUCAGACUGUAGGGGGCAGUGUUUAGCUUCUGCUUUGAAAGCCAGUACACCUACAGCUCUGAAGGAUCUGUGGGCUCUGCCAGAUAUGUGAUGUGUGUGUGUUUGUGUGUGUAUAUUAUAUCAGUGUUGUCUGAAUUUAUGGACCGUGGUGAAAACUGUAUGAUGCCUUCCAGUGGGCGUCAGUAAGCUCCAUUAAAACCAGGGAAACCAGUGACUGUGCACUCCCUGAGUCAUGAGGAGACGAAGGAUUUGUCACAUGUAUAUUGAGGUUUGGAGGUGAUUUUAAACUGCAUAUGCAUAUGAAAUGAAUAAAUAUGCAGUCUUGAAAACUGAA